AUGUACACAAAGGGGCCACCAUUGGAUGUUCUUAGAGCAAGCAUUUCUAGUGCCCCUAGCACAUCCAGCCAUGGUUCUGCACAAGAUGACUGUGACUCCUUAGGUGAUGUCUAUGUGUGGGGUGAGGUUGUUUGUGACAACUCUGCACGAACCAGUUCCGACACUGUAAUCAGAUCAACUGGGAAGACUGAUUUCCUCCUCCCAAAGCCGUUGGAGUCCAAUUUAGUCCUUGAUGUGUACCAUGUGGAUUGUGGGGUCAGGCAUGCCUCAUUGGUGACAAGAAAUGGAGAAGUUUUUACAUGGGGUGAAGAUUCUGGAGGCCGCCUUGGCCAUGGAACACGGGAAGAUUCUGUGCACCCUCGUCUUGUCGAGUCUUUAGCAGCUUGCAACAUAGAUUUUGUUGCCUGUGGGGAGUUCCAUACCUGUGCUGUAACGACAACGGGCGAGCUUUAUACCUGGGGUGAUGGAACUCACAAUGUUGGACUUCUAGGACAUGGCACUGAUGUAGGACACUGGAUACCCAGGAGGAUUUCUGGACCACUGGAAGGUCUCCAAAUUGCCUAUGUUUCUUGUGGGACCUGGCAUACAGCCUUGAUCACAUCAAUGGGCCAACUGUUCACCUUUGGAGACGGUUCAUUUGGGGUGUUAGGCCAUGGAGAUCUGAAGAGCAUUUCGUGUCCAAGGGAGGUAGAGUCAUUGUCAGGGCUGAAGACAAUCGCAGUUGCAUGCGGUGUGUGGCACACUGCAGCCAUUGUAGAGGUUAUUGUCACUCAGUCCAGCGCGACCGUGUCUGCUGGGAAGCUAUUCACAUGGGGAGACGGCGACAAGCACCGACUCGGUCACGGUGAUAAGGAGGCACGGCUUAAGCCUACCUGUGUGGCUUCCCUUAUUGAUUAUGAUUUUUACAGGGUAGCAUGUGGCCACAGUCUUACUGUAGGCUUGACAACUUCUGGCAAAGUGUGGACCAUGGGCAAUUCUGUUUAUGGCCAGCUCGGAAAUCUUAAUUCAGAUGGGAGGCCAUGUUUAGUUGAAGAUAAGAUUGCAAGUGAACAUGUUCUCCAGAUCGCUUGUGGGUCCUACCAUGUUGCGGUUUUGACAAGUAGAAGUGAAGUUUUUACAUGGGGCAAAGGAGCUAAUGGGAGAUUGGGCCAUGGAGAUAUAGAGGACCGGAAGGUACCCACAACGGUCGAGGCAUUGAGAGACAGAGCUGUUAGGCACAUAGCCUGUGGUGCAAACUUCACUGCUGCCAUAUGCCUGCACAAAUGGGUCUCUGGAGCCGAUCAGUCCCAGUGCUCCUCGUGUCGGCAGCCAUUCGGGUUUACUCGAAAGAGGCAUAACUGCUACAACUGUGGACUUGUCCACUGCAAUGCAUGCACCUCACGGAAGGCGUUGAGAGCGGCAUUGGCUCCGAGUCCCGGGAAGCUUCACCGCGUUUGUGAUUCCUGCUACUCCAAGUUAAAGAAUGCCUCUAGUUCAGCUAAUAAGAAAGACCUUGCUCCAGGUGAAAGCAAUGGAGAAGCUAGAGUAGGAAAAUCCAUCCUUUCUAGUAAUAUGGACAUGAUUAGAAGUUUGGACAGUAAGGCAGCAAAACAGGGGAAGAAGACUGAUGCACUGUCAUUUCUCCGGAAUCCUCAAGUUAGUUCGCUGCUGCAGCUGAGAGAUAUCGCUUUCUCCGGUGGCGCGGAUCUCAAUAGACCAGCGGCUCCGAGAGCGGCGCGAACACCAGCGGCCCGGUCGGUAACCAGUUCAAGAGCCGUUUCUCCUUUCUCUCGCAGGUCUAGCCCGCCACGUUCUACAACACCAGUUCCAACAACUCAUGGUCUUUCUCUCUCGAAAAGUGCCACCGAUAAUCUGGUGAAAGCAAACGAGCUCUUAAGCCAGGAAGUUGAGAGGCUGCGUGCACAGGUUGACAGCCUGAGAAAUCGCUGUGACCAUCAUGAACUCGAACUGCAUAAGUCAGCCAAGAAAGUACAAGAGGCCAUGACACUGGUUGCAGAGGAGUCUGCAAAAUCCAAAGCUGCAAAGGAGGUUAUAAAAUCUCUAACGGCACAGCUGAAGGACAUGGCUGAGAGGUUACCACCAGAACAUGGAGCUUAUGAUUUCAAUGAAGCAAAGCAAGUACAUGUUCCAAACGGUGUCGAGCCACAUGUCGCUACCUACUCUAGCAUGAAUGGAAAAGUUCACCAAGCAAGGAAUGAGUUGCUCAAUGCACCUAGUACAAACUCUGGGCGGUCGCCGCAUUCAAAUGGAGGAAUCUCAAAUCAACACAAAUUACUAGGCAAUAUUAGUGAAAAUAGUGAAGGCAGCACUCACAGCCUUAGAAUUACCAGUCCUCACGGAUCGGAUCGCCCUCACCGAAGAGCCCACAGCAAUAGUGAUGAGAUGCUGUCUGCAAGUAGCAGAGGUGAUGAUAAUGUCAGCAUAGAUGCUAGGUCCCUUCAAAAUGGUGACGACAGCUACAAACCUCGAGGAACAAUAUCAAUAUCCAGCAACCAAGUACAGGCUGAGUGGAUCGAGCAGUAUGAACCAGGUGUUUACAUAACUCUCACGACCCUCCGUGAUGGGACUCGGGAUCUGAAGAGGGUUCGCUUCAGCCGAAGGCGCUUUGGGGAGCAUCAGGCUGAAAAUUGGUGGAACGAGAACCGCGAGAAAGUGUACGAGAAAUACAACGUGAGGAGCUCCGAACGGGAAAAAGAUCCACAGUAUAAUAUGGAUGUAUACUGCAUGCUUACAAUUUUUCAGGACCAAGUACAUAGAUUAGUGAGCUACACAAAAGACAAAUCUCUGACAUUGAAAAUAGUGAACAGUGAUUCAAGUGAAGUGGAUUUCAAUUGCUUUUCAAUGGUUGCGGGCUAUGUUUUCCUAUACAUGCACAAAAUUACAUGCAUUAUAUUUAUAUAUAUUAAAAUUCGGCUCGACUCAUUAGUCAUCGAGUUCGAGUCGAGUCGAGCCGAGUCACGAGCUACUUGUUUAGCUCACGAGUUUCGAGUUAAUAUUCCACCCCUGGCGUUGUUUGAAAUUCUAAAUGUCCAACAACAACAACAACAACAACAACAACAACAACAACAACUGCAACAACAACAGCAACAAACAACAAAGCCUUUAGUCCUAAACAAGUUUGGGGUAGGCUGUCUGAAACUCUAA